UGCUAUAAUUGUCAUCACUACUCCCCCUCCUCCUCUCUCUCUUCUGCUCCAAGAGUUUGCAAUAUCAGCACCUAUUCCGUCCCUCCGAUCUCAGUUUCGUCCGGAUUCUAGGGUUUGUUCGAUGCUUACAUCUGGAAAUGUUUUCACCAUUCGCAGAUUCUGAAUCUACCAAGAUCCGUCCGGGAAAGAAAGCUCGUUUAAGAGCUCUGAUUGAUGGUGCAGAACAUCUGAGGGCAUAUCAUAAUUUGAGGAAAUAUUGAGAUAUGGAAUUGGAUUUCCAUGGCGACGUUGCGAGCCUCGAUGCCGAGCUACUGCAGCUCGGGGAGGUGUCUCCUUUCGCUAUCAAGGCCAAUCCUUGUGUUGCGGUGAAGCUUUUCGAUCAGUGGCUAUCUCUCCCGGAAACCAAUUCUCUGGUAAAAUCCUUGCUUAAUAAUGCUAAAGGAGUAGGUCCUGUGAAUGUAGCUGGAACAUCCUCUGGUACAAAUGCUGUGGCAAGCAAUACAUUGCCUUCAAUGUUUCCUGCUGGCAGUACGCCACCACUGUCACCAAGAAGUUCAUCAGUUUCGCCCCGGCAUACGAAGCAGAGAGGCCCAUCUGCGUUUAGGUCACCCCUGAAGUUAGUGAAUGAGCCAGUGAAGGAGCAUAUACCACAGUUCUAUUUCCUUAAUGGUCGUCCUCCACCAAAUGAAUUGAAAGAACGGUGUUUGUUUAGAAUCAAUCAGUUUUUCUAUGGUCACGUGGAUGGGCUCCAAAUGCAUGAAUUCAAACCAGUGACAAAGGAAAUUUGCAAGCUCCCUGCAUUCUUCUCUGCUGCACUUUUUAGAAAGAUCGAUACUGAUUGCAGUGGAAUCGUGACCAGGGAUGCAUUCGUUGAUUAUUGGAUUAAUGGAAACAUGUUGACUAAAGAUGUAGCAACCCAAAUUUACAUGAUCUUGAAGCAGCCAGAUGUCAGAUACUUGGCCCAGGAUGACUUCAAACCUGUGCUUCGGGAACUUCUAACUACUCAUCCCGGGUUGGAGUUCUUACAGAGUACACCUGAAUUUCAAGAAAGAUAUGCUGAAACUGUAAUAUACAGAAUAUUUUACUACGUGAAUAGAGCAGGUAAUGGUCGUCUAUCGCUCAGGGAGCUCAAACGUUCAAACUUGAUAGCUGCAAUGCAACAUGCAGACGAAGAAGAGGAUAUUAACAAAGUUCUUAGGUACUUCUCUUACGAACAUUUUUAUGUGAUAUACUGCAAGUUUUGGGAACUGGAUACCGAUCACGACUUUCUGAUCGACAAAGAGAACCUUAUCAGAUAUGGUAACCAUGCACUUACCUACAGGAUUGUUGAUAGAAUAUUUUCUCAGGUUCCUAGAAAGUUCACCAGCAAGGUUGAAGGAAAGAUGGGAUAUGAAGAUUUCGUUUACUUCAUAUUGUCAGAGGAGGACAAAUCAUCUGAGCCCAGUCUCGAAUACUGGUUCAAAUGCAUAGAUUUAGAUGGCAAUGGGAUUAUUACGAGGAACGAAAUGCAAUUCUUUUACGAGGAGCAGCUGCACAGAAUGGAAUGCAUGGCCCAAGAGCCCGUGCUUUUUGAGGAUAUUUUGUGUCAGAUAGUUGACAUGGUUUUUCCAGAGGAUGAUAGUUAUUUUACAUUACGUGAUUUGAAAGGAAGCAAACUCUCUGGGAGUGUUUUCAAUAUUCUCUUUAACCUUAAUAAGUUCAUGGCUUUUGAGACUCGUGAUCCAUUCCUAAUUCGGCAGGAGCGUGAAAAUCCAACUUUAACGGAGUGGGACCGCUUUGCACACAGAGAAUAUAUUAGGCUUUCAAUGGAGGAAGAUGUUGAAGAGGCCUCUAAUGGAAGUCAAGAUGUUUGGGACGAAUCUCUUGAGGCUCCUUUCUGAGCACUGCUUGGUGUCUACUAGUGAAUUCUUUGUAUCAAAAUGGCUAUGAAGCAUAAAGCAAAAGUUUACCCAUCUAAUGGGCUUCAGCAAUCAUCUCAGUGCAAUCAGCGAUACGUUUAAGGUUGUCUGGAAAAUUUUCAGCUUGUGCAUGCAGCAUGCUUUCCAAGCUGAAGAAUCGUUAAUUCCAUCGAAUGGGGGCUCUGCAAAGGCUUGGAGGGAGUGCACCAAUUGUUGACUGGCGACUAACUUGCAACGGGGUAUGUUAGUUCACAACAUCUAGGAGUUCUCCUUUGCAUAGCUGUAAGAAAAUGUUUGUUAAUUAUUUAUGUUUAGAGCAAAUGUCUGCUGGUACAUUUUUCAGGGUGGGGUUAGUCUGGUAAAUCUACGGUGUCUAUUUUUGCUUGUUUGUUUGUCCUAUAUCUUGAUUUCUUUUGGAAUUGUUAAUCUUAUUAGUCUGUGCAUCUUAUUGGUUUUCA